AUGGAUGAACAUUGUGUAAGGAAACCAGAGCAGACGAUGAUUUCGGCGGAGGAAGCUCUCGAUAUAGUGUUGAGAGUGGCUCAGCGUCUGCCACCAGUGACUUUGCCACUUCACGAAGCUCUAGGCAAGAUCUUGGCCGAGGACAUUAGAGCCCCUGACCCUCUUCCUCCUUACCCUGCUUCAGUCAAGGAUGGCUAUGCUGUAGUUGCCUUAGAUGGGCAUGGUGAAUAUCCCAUUAUUGUUGAAUCCAGAGCCGGAAAUGAUGGAGUUGGUGUGACCAUAACUCCUGGAACUGUUGCCUAUGUGACUACUGGAGGCAAGUCUGAUUAUAUUCAAUUUGAUAUAUGGGUGAUGCGUGGUUGCGAUGGAGCAAAAGUGGAUGGUAGUGCAUUGGUGUUGUGGGGUGGAACAAUGAUGGAAGGUGAUUGGGUGUUGCAAGGCAAAGGAAAGGUGAAUGUGAUGGUUGAUGUGAGGGUGAUUGUGGUGUUGGGUCUGGUGCUUUUGGUGGUUGGGUGA